AUGGAACAACCACAAGGAUUUUUCCGCCUGAGCAUUGAGCUCCGCGAGGCCAUCUACCGACUCGUCCUGUUGGACGAGCAGCCUCUGUGGGCCAGGAGACACGCGGCGUCAUGUCCCCAAAGUCCCCGCGACGCCACGACGUGGGAGAGCCCGCCAUGGGCCGUGUGGCAAUUCCCCGGUCAGAGCCGCCCGACCACGUUUGACUGCUGCCGGUGCGUCGCGCGCACGGGGCUGGGCCUUCUCUUGACCUGCCGGCAGGCGCAUGCUGAGGCCGCGCCCGUCUUCUGGGGCAAGAACGUGCACUGCUUCGCCGACAUGCCGCAGCUCCUCGGCGACAUGGGCGAGCGCAUGCGGCCCGAGUCGCGCGCGCUGCUGCGCCACGUGAGCGUUGCCAUUUUCGACGACAACAAGUCCCGCUUCGCCAGGCACACGCUCGACGUCUGGCCCGUCCUGUCGGCGUGCCGCGCGCUCGAGACGCUCGAGCUCGACCUGGAGCAGGCCCGCGGCGGCGUCAACGUCACGCCCGCCAAGCUGGUCAGCGACCUGCUCGAGGACCACCGCACCGCCUUGGGCCUGGGCGGUCGCAGGCCGGCCAAGGCCAAGCUGCCCAACUUUCGGCGCCUGAGCAUCGCAAAGGUGCUUCAGUACCACGUCGCGGCGGCGGACUACGAGGAGAGCGACAGGGUGGAGAUACUGCACGUCAAGUACUCACAGCCGCUGGACCUGGAUGCGGCGCGGGACCGGGACACGACGGUGCGUGCGCUGACGGCGUUUGAGGGGCGGUUCCUGCCCGAGGCCCGGGCCGCCGUCGGCAGUCAGGUGCUGGACCCGUCGCGCCAAACCUGGCAGGGGCCCACACCCGUGUGCUUCCUGGGCCGGGCCCUGGACGACCGGCGGUAUGCGGUGCGGCUGCGGCUCCGCGAAGGCUCGGAUGAGACGACCGAGGUCCAGUUCUUCGGGACGCCGCUCAGCGUCGAGACGCUGAGGGAGCAUGAGGAAGAAAGGGCGAGGGAGGCGGCAUACAGAAAGGCGCAUGGGCUUCUUACCGUGGAGGAGGAACGGGCCAGGAGGGGGGUGGAAAAGGAGGAGCGGAUACGCAAGAGGGUCGAGCUGGAAAGGAAGAUGGAGGGGGCAAAGGAGCUCCGGAAGAAAGAGAGAAAGCGUGUCAUGCCAGCACGUGGAGGGCAAAGUGGCGGAGACUAG